AUGUCAGAAGAUUUAGCACCACCGCGAUGGGCCGUCGAGCUCAACUCGCCGCCUGUACCAAGAACCAAGGCCACGAUUCCAGACCCUCCAGGAUAUACAGCAGCAUCUUCGGGAAACAAGAAACAAAUUGCCUCCUCGAAAACUCCUGCUCGCACAGCACCCACGACCGAAGAAAUGGACACCUUAAAGCUGAAGAAGGCGUGGGAAGUUGCGCUUGCACCAGUCAAACAAUUACCAAUGACCGCGAUCAUGAUGUACAUGUCCGGAAACUCCUUACAGAUCUUCAGUAUCAUGAUGGUGGUUAUGGCAUUCAAAAAUCCUAUCAUGGGACUGGUUGCGACGAAUCAGGCAUUUGAGAAGUUCGAUAGCGAUGGUACAAGAGCGGCGCUAUUGGGCGUUAAAGCGGUAUAUGUCGCGAUGCAGGUUCUGGCGUUGGCUCUGGGAGUUUGGAAAGUUAAUGGGAUGGGACUCUUACCGACUACGAGAUCAGAUUGGCUGGCCUGGGAGACUGCAAGAGAUGCGAUCGAAACUGCUAUUCCGGCUUUUUGA